UCCCUACUCAUCCGCUUCACCUUUCACAGUCUCAUAAUAACAACAAACAGUUACAUAGCAGCACUCACCCACCGCCUCCCUCCUCCUCCGCCGUCUUCGCCGGCCUAAAAAGAACAAUGGAUGUUCGCCGGCGUAAUGGCAAGUCUUCACUCACUCCAUCCAAAACUGCCACCCUCGGCGAACCUCUCAAACCCCACCACCACCACCACCACCACCAACAACAACAACCCACCUCUCCCAAAGCCUCCGAUGCCUUCCCUCUGCCUCUCUACCUCACCAAUGCCGUUUUCUUCUCUCUCUUCUUCUCUGUCGGCUACUUUCUUCUCCUCCGAUGGCGUGACAAGAUCCGCAACUCCAUCCCUCUCCACGUCGUCACCCUCUCCGAACUUGCCGCCGUGGUUUCCUUCAUCGCUUCCGCUAUCUACCUCCUCGGCUUCUUCGGCAUCGACUUCGUUCAGUCCGUCUUAACUUCCCGAUCCACCCACGAUGCUUGGGAAGAGAUCGAUGAAGACGAAACCGCAGCCCAAUUCAUCGAUGACCGCCGCCUCACCCCUUGCGCCGCAGCCAUCGACUGCUCUCCGCUGGUGGCUCCUCCUCCGAAAAUGGUGGCGGUGGAGCACUCUGCCCCACCAACGUCGGAGGAGGAUGAGGAGAUUAUAAACUCGGUGGUGGCUGGGACUACGCCGUCCUACUCCCUCGAAUCGAAGCUCGGAGACUGUAAACGAGCUGCGGCGAUACGGCGAGAGGCUCUGCAGAGGAUAACAGGGAAGUCUCUGGUGGGUCUUCCAUUGGAGGGGUUUGAUUACGAGUCUAUUUUGGGACAGUGUUGUGAGAUGCCUGUGGGUUAUGUUCAGAUUCCGGUGGGGAUCGUCGGACCAUUGUUGCUGGACGGGGAGGAGUACUCGGUGCCGAUGGCGACGACGGAGGGGACUUUGGUGGCGAGUACUAAUAGGGGGUGUAAGGCUAUCUACUCGUCCGGCGGCGCCACCAGUGUGUUGCUGAGGGAUGGGAUGACUAGAGCUCCGGUGGUUAGGUUCGGCACCGCCAAGAGGGCGGCGGAGCUCAAAUUCUUCUUGGAGGACCCAAUCAACUCUGAUACUAUUCAUACUGUUUUCAACAAAUCGAGCAGAUUUGCAAGGCUACAAGGAAUUCAAUGUGCGAUAGCAGGAAAGAAUCUGUAUAUGAGGUUCAGGUGCAGCACUGGAGAUGCAAUGGGGAUGAAUAUGGUCUCCAAAGGUGUCCAGAACGUUCUCGACUUCCUUCAGAGUGAUUUUCCUGACAUGGAUGUCAUUGGCAUCUCCGGAAACUUUUGCUCGGACAAGAAGCCAGCAGCUGUGAAUUGGAUAGAAGGGCGUGGAAAGUCAGUAGUUUGCGAGGCAAUCAUCACAGAAGAGGUUGUGAGGAAGGUGUUGAAGACCAACGUAGCUGCACUGGUGGAGCUCAACAUGCUCAAGAACCUUACUGGUUCAGCCAUGGCCGGUGCACUUGGUGGGUUCAAUGCCCAUGCCAGCAACAUUGUGUCUGCAGUAUACUUAGCCACAGGCCAAGACCCUGCUCAGAAUGUGGAGAGCUCUCACUGCAUCACCAUGAUGGAACCUGUCAAUGAUGGCAAGGACCUCCACGUCUCUGUCACCAUGCCUUCCAUUGAGGUGGGUACAGUUGGAGGUGGGACCCAACUAGCAUCCCAGUCAGCAUGCCUUAACCUACUUGGAGUGAAGGGUGCGAGCCGAGAGUCACCAGGGUCGAACUCAAGGCUAUUGGCCUCCAUUGUAGCUGGUGCUGUUCUUGGUGGGGAGCUCUCUGUCAUGUCUGCCAUCGCAGCUGGCCACCUUGUCAAUAGUCACAUGAAAUACAACAGAUCUAGCAAAGAUAUCACCAAGGUAUCCUCUUAAAGGGCGAUGUCGUAAUUUAACCUCUGUAAUCUAGAAAAUAGAAAAUAAAAAUAUGCACAGAAAAGUGGUUCAGAUGAACUCUAAGUGUGGCAGAAAGAAAAGUGGUUCAGAUGAACUCUAAGUGUGGCAGAAACCAUACCUGGAAGAGCAAGUUAUAUUGGUUAUCCUGCUAAUUUGCUUCUUGUAUCAAUUUGGUUCAUGAUAAAUCGUAACAACUCCGUCCUUUAAUAUAUUUUUUUUUAUAUUGUAUCAA